AUGAAGAUGGUUCCUUCCACCGGGUUUAUCAAGGACUUCAUGGUUCAGGGUGGCUGCCCUGAAGGCACUGGCCGAGGCGGGCCGGGUUAUCGCUUUCAGGACGAGACCGUGAGCCGCCCCUACGUUAAGGGAACUCUGGCCAUGGCCAAUGCCGGACCAGACACCAACGGCAGCCAGUUCUUUAUCGUCCACGGACAGAACGUGGGUUUGCCCCCCAAUUACACGAUUUUCGGGAUGCUGACCGAAGGUGAGGAAACACUGGAUACCCUGGCCAACUCUGCGGUAACCUCAGGCUCCGGGGGAGAGAGGUCUACGCCGACAGAGCGCCUGCAAAUCCAAAACAUCGAAAUCCACGAAAAAGAAGUCACACCGGCCAGUUAA